UCGGGCGGAGUGCGAAGUAACGACGAACCGUCGUCGUCGAUAAGUCGUGGUCAGAGGAUUGCCGGGAAGUGUGGUCGCAUCCUAGAAAGAUUACUAUAAUUCGUUUGUUGGGCUAGGAUAGCACACUACGGCUGUAAUCCUUGCUGAUGAGUGACGUGCUUCUAGAAAGUCGAGUGUACCCAUGUGACGUCAUUCCGUGCCUUGUCGAACAUACAGAGAGUACCAGCUCAGUGACAGAUAGAAAGAAAAGGAAGUAUCGAGAAGAGAACCGCGGAAAAAUGCUGGGCCACCACCAACGAUUCCUCUUCGAUAUCGUUCUUCUCUCGAGCCUGUGCAGAGUCUCAACAGCUCUGAAACCAACUAUAUCAACGACAACUGACCAGAUGAUUAUACAAGAAGGCGAGUCCUUGCGGCUGGUAUGCUAUGGCAAUUCGGACAUUUUCUUCAUUUAUCCCGUUAACCGAACACGUGCCCCUAAUACAGUCUUUUCUUAUACAUCGUUCAUCCAAACGAACAAAACCAGAGAUGAAAAUGGCACCUACUGGUACGACUUUCGUCGGCCGAAUACAGUCUUUGGGGACACUGGUUGGUAUGGUUGCUCGUAUCAUCCCCUCGCUAUGAUCACCAUGGAUGACUAUCUAUGGCGUAACAACACCGACUCAGAAAGCAACUUCGUUUAUGUCUAUGUUCAGUCUAUAAUAGAUCGAUUCGUGGAACAAGCAGAGUCACAUGUUUUGGAAACAUAUAUCGGCGGAGAUAUUGUCGUACCGUGUCGACCAACGUCGCCACGAACGGAAGUCCGGAUUGCAAAAUUCGUUAGAGAAGAGAGCAACAGAAUCAAUACAUGGAAUGAUCGUCGGGCUAUUACAAGUAACAUCUUUGAGAGAACGGCCUUUUUGGUGAUCGAGUACGUAAUCAACGGGGACGCAGGUAUCUACGAGUGCAAACUCAGCUGUCCUUAUAAUGAGACAAAAUCAGAGAUGGUCAUCCAGGUGCAUGAGUCGCUCGAUCCAUUCAUCAACCUGACAACUCGGGAUCCUAACAGGCACUACGAAUGCCAUGAGGGUGAAGAAGUGGAGUGGAUUGUCGAUGUAGAUACGUAUCCUUCGGCCGAACUAGAAUGGUUGCACGGCGACGAAGUCAUAAGAAGUUUUCCGCCACCCGAGGAAUCUAAAUAUUCGACGAACAAUGCAUGUUGCAAUCCAACAUUGAAAAUCUACAGGUUGGAUAUAAGCGACGCGGGAACAUAUUCCAUCCAGGCCAGCAAUCAGUAUAAAAGGGAAACGUUGAACUUUACGUUGGACGUAACAGUUGGGCCGAAAGUGUAUAUGAGCAAACCAGGCUCGUACUACUUUCGUAAUCAGGUGCUAAAGACAGAAUGCUACGUGGGAGCAUUCCCUAAACCGAAUAUUACCUGGAGUUACCGCAAGUGUCCCAGUUAUCCUUCUUGCGACGAUGGCACCCUCGAGUACUUAACGAACUACGAGGAAAAGGGAACCGUGACUCGACCGGUCUCUACGGUAUGGAUGGCCACUGAAAUGUCUGGCGAGCUUACCUGCAUGGCGUGCAACAUUGUUGGCUGCGGAAAUGCUACCGAAAACGUGUUUGUUUCCGGCGAACAUGGGGAAUUCGGUAUCAUUCUCACGAAGGAACCAGUGGCAGAGGGUGACGACUGGGAGCUGAUCUGCGCUGUUUCGAAUCAAAAUUAUUCGGACAUCAUCAAUUGGAGUAGCGAAAGUGGUCCAAUCGUACAAUCUGAUAAAAUCUCUAUCGAUCGAGGGAGGACUCAACAUAUGUACAGAUCAAUUUUGAAGAUACACAACGUGAAAAUCGAGGACUCGCAGGAAUAUAUUUGUACAGGGAAGUCCACUGGCAAUUUGACUCGGUCUACUGGAUAUCGUUUGGAAGUGAAGGCUGCACGAGCGCCUAUAAUUACAGAUACCAAUUUGAAGAAAGAGGAGAUAAUCAUUGAUCUUGGGAGCCAAGGUAGCAAGAGAGUGCUUUUUCACUGUUUUGCGGAUGGUAUGCCUAUCCCAAGCAUCAGUUGGUUUAAGGAUGGUGCACAGGUGGUAGUUAGUAAUGAAAAGUACAAGUUAUCCAAUAACUCUCAGAAACUUGAACUAGAAUAUCCAUUGGAAGUCGACGGCGGUGAGUACGUGUGCCGAGCAGAAAAUCGAAUUGGAAAAAUAGAAGUUGCUCAACGAAUAACGAUAAAGGGGUUCAGGAUUGUAAGUAACAGACCUGUAGCUCUAAUCAUUUUGGUUGUCAUGUUAGCAAUUGUCGUUCUGAUCCUGGUGAUCUACUUUGCCCUCAAGGUUCGCCGUGAUAGGAUAAUGAGAAGGGAAUUAAUGGAGGCUGGUCUUAUGCAUUUUGAGAAAGGAGCUGUCGAGAGUUUGAAUCCGGACUUGACUGUAGACGAACAGGCAGAUCUCCUCCCUUAUGACAACAAAUGGGAAUUUCCCAGGGAAAAAUUGAAAUUAGGGAAACACUUGGGAAGCGGCGCGUUCGGCGUAGUCUUGAAAGCAGAAGGUUUGGGCAUUUGCGAAGGCGAGGCAAUUACUACUGUAGCUGUGAAAAUGGUCCGCCGUGCUCCCAAUCUCGUGUAUAUCUGUGCACUUGCUAGCGAACUCAAGAUCAUGGUACAUCUUGGCAAACACCUGAACACUGUCAACCUUCUUGGUGCUUGCACAAGAAAUAUCUUGAAACGUGAAUUGUUAGUGAUCGUAGAAUUCUGCCGAUUUGGAAAUUUGCACGAUUACUUAUUGAGCCACAGAAGCGGCUUUAUCAAUCAAAUCGAUCCAGCAACUUGCAAAUUAGACCUCAGCAUCGGCCUUGAUCUACUGAAGAGAACUAGCGGUGUUUGCACUACUAACAGGAUUAAAUCUGCGGAGUUAUCAUCUUCUGCCAAUAUCAACCGUAAUUCGGAAUCUAAUUCGGUGCAGUGUCACGCUGCAGCUACCGAUUUCCAGGACAUCGGUAUGUCGGCAGAUGAUCCCGUACAAUAUUGCGGUUCCACUGAACAUAGUUGUCGGGGAGACUACGGGGACUCUAAUUUAAAACCAAUCUGCACGCAGGAUCUUUUGUCCUGGGCGUUCCAAGUAGCCCGUGGAAUGGAAUAUCUCAGCCAGAGAAGGGUAUUACACGGUGACCUGGCCGCUAGAAAUAUCCUGCUGGCCGAUGACAAUGUAGUGAAGAUAUGCGACUUCGGCCUGGCCAAGAGCAUGUACAAAGAAGAAAUUUACAAAAAGAGAAGCGACUGUCCAUUACCCAUUAAGUGGUUGGCCAUCGAAACAAUGAGGGAUCGAAUUUUCUCCACGCAAUCGGACAUUUGGUCGUUUGGCAUAGUACUGUGGGAGUUCUUUACGCUGGCUAUGACUCCGUAUCCUGGAAUAGAGACGGAGAUAGUGUACCAGAAGCUGAUCGAGGGUUACAGAAUGGAGCAGCCUGAAUAUGCCAUCCCCGAAGUAUAUGAAAUAAUGUGUCAAUGUUGGAAUGCCGAGCCUUCUCUACGCCCGAGUUUCACGGAACUAGUCGAUAGCGUAGGAAAUUUGUUGGAGGACAAUGUGAAAGCGCACUACAUCGAAUUAAACGCCCCAUACCUCGACAUGAACAGGACUCUGCUGGAUGGCGGAAAGAACGAUUAUCUGACGAUGGUCUCUGCUCCGAAUCACGCUGUGCUUUCUUCACCGACUCAUGAUUGCGCUGUGGAGACGUCGCCUAUGCUGAACAAGGAGGAGGAAGAUCGCUAUGUGAAACCUAUCAAUGUCCACGAGCGGAGGGCAGAGUUAGCCAGAAACAGAAAAGCGAUGAAGGAUCACGUGGUGCAUCCAGAUCACGAUUCCGGUGACGACAACCCUCCGGACAACUUUGAGCUGGUUGAUUUGACAUAAGAGAGUGACGUGUCCUGUGGAAGUCGGAGCUCGACUCGAAUCCGAUUGCCGAGAUAGGUUUCGCUUCGACGAUUAGUAAGCACUCGCGAGAAUUACAUGAGCAUGCGUCAGCAAAGAAGUGGCACGAAGAAAGAUUUGCCUGAAGGAUACAACGAUCUUAGUAACGUGAUCGUAGAUAAUUGAGAAACAAUUCGAUCCGAGAUUUCAAGUGCUUAGAAACUGCUGAUUUCUGCUAGAAAUCCAGUUGAAAGCGUCUUGCUUUGGCGACUCGUCAGAAAAUCGCAGAGCUAUGCCGGGAAAUUCUGUCAUAUACACCAUACUCCCCAGACC